AAUACAACAAGAAAGAGGUCAUAUUGACAAAACUCAACACCCCCCUCCCCUCCCCCUUUAACCCUUUUCCUGAUUUCACCUCCCUUUCCCAACCAUUUAUUCAAGACGACUCCUCCAAUGGUCUUUUCUCUUCCCCAUUGGGUUGUACAGAUUCUCAGCUGAAAUACCCAUCUCAAUCCCCUCCCUUCUUGUUGAUUUUUGCUGUUUACAGUGGUUUUUGUGGGACUUUAAGGAACAGACUGGUCUGGGUCUUCUGGGUUUCUGUUUUCUUUUGCAGGAGUUUCUUGCAGAUAACCUCCCAAUAAACCCAGUACUAUCUAUCUAUCUAUGUAUAUGUCAAAAAGCGGGUUGUAGAUAAUUAUCAAUUUUUAUCCUAUUUUCUCAAUUUUCUGGGUUAACUAUUUUCUGGAGAAAUUGGCUUUACUUUUCUCCAUUUCCUUCCAAUUUUGCAAUUUUCUGUUUGAAACUAAGGGGAAGAGAUAAAUAGCGACAUGGGCAAGCAAGGACCCUGCCAUCACUGUGGUGUCACAAGCACGCCUCUUUGGCGAAAUGGGCCGCCGGAGAAGCCAAUACUGUGCAAUGCUUGUGGAUCCCGGUGGAGAACAAAAGGAACACUUGCAAACUACACUCCUCUACAUGCUAGGGCAGAGCCUGAUGAAUUUGAGGAUUACAGGGUUUCAAGGGUGAAGAACAUAUCUAUUAAGAAGAAAGAAUCAAAGGUGCUAAAAAGAAAACAAAAUUAUGAUAAUGCAGUAGUUGGAGGAGUUGACUCCAAUUAUAACCUGGGCUUGCGUAAGGGACUAGAUGAUGAUACUAGUAAUCGAUCAAGUUCUGGGUCUGCCAUAUCUAAUUCUGAGAGUUGCGUACAGUUCGGCUGUGCAGAUGCAAGUGAUUUGACAGGUCCAUCCCAGUCCAUUGUGUGGGACACAACAGUACCUUCCAAGAAGAGGACCUGUGUUAGUCGUCCAAAGCCAUCUCCAGUGGAGAAGCUUACUAAAGAUUUAUAUACCAUCUUACAUGAACAACAAUCCUCGCAUUUCUCUGGAUCUUCUGAAGAUGAUUUGCUAUUUGAGAGUGACAGACCUAUGGUCUCAGUUGAGAUAGGACAUGGCAGUGUUCUUAUUCGACAUCCCAGCUCCAUAGGUUGGGAAGAGGAAUCUGAAGCUAGCUCUCUGUCAGUUGACAACAAACUACAACAGGCAAACGAGGCUUAUUCAAGUUUGACUGCCCUACCUGUAAAUAUUGAUAACAAGGGUGUCAACUUCCGAGGUCUUGGGAUUGAAAGGGGAAAGAAAACUACUGGGCAAGGGAUGCAACAGGAGCAAAUAAAAAGGGACAAGGCUCAUAUUGAGAAAAUACAGCUUCUGGGAAGUCAUGAUUCACCACUUUGUUAUGUAGAUCUAAAAGAUGUUCUCGACUUUGAUGUGUUUACCAGUCACCUGACAAGUGAAGAGCAGCAGCAGUUGCUCAAAUAUCUCCCUCCUACUGAUACCAACAAUGUUCCUGAUGGCCUUGAAAGCAUGUUUGCAAGCCAUCAAUUCGAGGAGAACCUAUCCUCCUUCAGGAAGCUGCUUGCAAAGGGAGUUUUUGAUCUUUCUUUCUCAGGGAUAAAAGCUGAAGACUGUGGGAUGUUGAAGAGGCUUGCAUUGAGCAAUUUGACAAAGUCAAAGUGGGUGGAACAAUAUAAUAAUCUGCUCAAGGAUGUAAAAUGUAAAAGUAGUGGAGUAGUUCCAAGAGUACCUAAUGCCUUUGCAUCUGGUAAUCCAACAAAUGUGAAAAGAUUGCGUGACGGCCAACUUCAACAUCUUCCAGGAGAAAAGACGACAAUGAAGAGCCCAAAAAGGGUAUUGAAGGGUACCUAUGAACACAAAGAGGGGAUAUGCAACGAUGGCUCUUGCUUUAGUCCAAGAAGUCUAUUGAUGUUGCCUCAUGACAAUAGCUCUGUAAUGCUGGAUUCUUUCCAGUUUACGGGUGAGAGUUCUGAUCAAGAUCUGUUGCUGGAUGUCCCAUCCAAUAGCUCCUUCCCAGAGGCAGAGCUGCUCCUCCCGGCUUCAAGUUUUGGCGUCCAAGCAAGCACUAGUAGUAGCUCCAUAUACCCACAACUUGUCCGACCAUGAUGGCUCUCUUCACGACACUACUUUUGCAGGUCUAUUUAGGUGCCUGUUUUGUUAAAAUGCAUAUUUGGAUCCCGCAUGGCUUGCAGUCCGAACAUACAGAAGUAUUUAUGUGAAUUGAGGUUUGAUGGUUGCCUUUUAUUUUCUUGGCCUAUAUGAGCUUGAAGUGUUAAGUCGAUGCGUUUGGACGGGCUGUUUUUGUAUAGGUGACUGAAGAUUGUAAGAUGUAGUCCAAAUGCAGUAGAGGUGGUAAGUUGCAGAGUCUUUGUAUGCAUCUUAGCCCUUGACUUGCAAAAUUACUACCAGAUAACCCUUCUGUUGGCUGCUUA